AUGGCUAUUAGCUGCAGCAAAUACUGGUAUCUGCCCAUCUUUCUUCUCCAUCUAAUAGUUACUUGUGGCGUCUCUGCCGCCUUCAACGGCGUAUCAACUGUUGCAUAUUCCAAAGGGUUCAGCCCUCUUUUCGGCGGACCGAAUAUCAAACCAUCUCCCGACCAUCAAUCCGUUCAACUUCAUCUCAAUCAGUACACAGGCAUGUUCUUCUUCAACAUAAUACACUCUCACACACACCCGUAUGUGAGCGUAUGCUCAGGCUUUCAGUCUUCGGACCUUUACAAUCAUGGCUUCUUUAGUGCUAAAAUAAAGCUGCCAUCAGAUUACACCGCAGGCAUCGUGGUCGCCUUUUAUACAACAAAUGGAGAUAUAUUUCGAAAAACCCACGACGAACUGGAUUUUGAGUUUCUGGGAAAUAUAAGAGGGAAAGCGUGGAGAUUUCAGACAAAUAUGUAUGGAAAUGGAAGCACAAGCAGAGGGCGAGAGGAGAGAUAUUAUCUUUGGUUUGACCCUUCUAAAGAGUUUCACACUUACAGCAUACUUUGGACCACCAAGAAUAUUAUAUUUUACAUCGACGAUACCCCAAUCCGUGAGAUAACGAGGAACGAAGCUAUGGGGGCCGAUUUCCCAUCAAAGCCCAUGAGAUUAUACGCCACGAUUUGGGACGCCUCUGAUUGGGCUACCUCUGGCGGGAAAUACAAAGCAAAUUACAAAUACGCCCCUUUCGUGGCAGAAUUCACUGAUCUCGUCCUCCACGGUUGCGCGACCGACAUGUUAGAGGAAGUCGUGGCCACCGGUUGUGCACUGAGCCACAAUCAGCUCGCGAGUGCCGAUUUUGCUAACGUUACCCCUAAACAAGCGGCGGCCAUGAAGAGAUUUAGGUCAAAGUACAUGUACUACUCGUAUUGCUAUGACAAGGUGAGGUACCCUGUGCCUCUGCCAGAAUGUGUUAUUGAUCCGGUUUUAAGAGACAAGUUUAAGGACACGGGUAGAUUGAAAUUCGACGAGAAGCACCAUCGAAGGAGGUUUAAGAAGAGAGGGCAAGAUAUGGGUGGUCACAAGAUUCAUACCUAUGAAAGCCUACAUAAAAUUGUUUCAUCGAAAAUUACAAUAUCCGGCCUGCUGGUAGAUGUUAUGAAUGUGGCUGGAAUUGAAGGGGAAGGACCGGAAUUGGAGAAGAGGCGUGGAAUUGUAGAAAGUAAAAUGGGGAUCUUGGCAAAGACGAUGAAGGCUAGGGAUUUGAAGAUGGAGAUUAAUUUGUUUGGCGAGAUUAAUGAUAUGGCAAAUGCAAUGGACAUUUGGGCUUAUUGGGCCUAG